AUGCGCCAAUACAAACCCCAUGAUCGAAUAUCAACUAAAGACAACCAUAUAGCAACAAUCAAAUACGUGGGUCACCUCCCACAAUGGGGGUCUCAAGUCACAGCGUACGGAUUGGAAUGGGACGAUGCCAGUCGUGGUAAAAACAAUGGCCAAAUAAACGGUGUGUCAUACUUCACCCCCGCCGUUGCCGAGUCGGCAAGUUUCAUAAAAUCAACCAAUAAGAACAUCAAUCAUGACCGCAAGUCGUUUGUACAAGUGGUAAGGGAGCAGUACCUUGAUGUGGACCAGUAUGAAGCCAAGGGGAUUACUUUUGGUGGUAAAGUUGUUGAAGAGGUUGGGUGGCUUGAGUUGAAUGAGUUUCAUUCGCAGUUGCGCAAUUUGACGUCGUUGAGUUUAGAUCAUCUGUUGAUUUAUUGUGUGGUUCAUGAUGGUGAUGGUGAUAUUGAUGUGAAGGAUGUGUUUGGUGGCUUGUGCAAUUUGACAAAUUUGGAUCUAAGUUCCAACUUGUUCAGCAGCAUGGAUGAUAUUUGGCAGAUCGUAUCGCGAUUGCCCAAGUUGGAGGUGCUCAAUAUCAACGGAAAUAGAUUUGGUAGCUAUGGAAAGGCGAUUGACCCCGACGCGGAUCGAUGUUUUACCCAUGCGAGUUUACGAGUGUUGAAAAUGGCGUCAACUUUGACUCCAAUAACUCAAGUGAGUUCAAUAGUGUCGAGGUUUCCUCAUCUACGGGAAUUGGUACUCUCGGGAAACUAUUAUUCCAAUGACGAUGUCAAUAAAUUAAAUCUUUGUGAAACAAGUGCUAUAGACUCAUUGGAUCUAUCAUACAAUGCUAUAACUGAAAUCCCAACCAACUUGCCCCAAACUAUACACAAUUUGAACGUAUCGUAUUGCUUAAUUAGCGCCAUUGGGAACAACAACAGAAAAGACAGCGGGAAAGGGUAUAAUGAUGGUGCCAGCUCAAUUGAAUCACUCGAUGUUCGGCGUAAUCAAAUUUCAGCUUGGUCAGACAUCAAUAACUUAUCUCAAUCAUUCCCGAAAUUGACCUAUUUAAAGAUCAACCAUAAUCCAAUUUUUGAUGACCUAAGUGUUGACGAUAUGACUUGCCAAUUAAUUGGACGUUUCGAGUGUUGCAGCUGCGGUAAUCAGGAUGUGCCUGGAAAUGGGAAAGAAAAUGGGAAGUUGGGCAUCUUGAACGGGUCAGAUUUGACAUCAGCCGAAAUUGAAAAUGGUGAAUUGUACUUUAUAUCCAAAGUUAUGCUGCGUCAGUAUGAUCCACCCAAUGCAGCAAGAUGGGAAAAGUUACUACACAAGUAUGGUAAGUCGGACGAUAAACGAAAAGAGCAUUCCGUUGUGAACUUUCAACCGAAACGAUGGAUUAACUUGAUGUUGAAAGUACGCCACAUAGAUGACUCGGCAACGGAGGAAGACGAAGCAGGACAGGAGUCAGCGAGGGUUGGCGUUGAACCUGCUAUUACAUCACACUAUACGACAUUAUCCUCUCACAGGUUUCUCAAAACAACAUCAAUUCUCAAAUUCAAAGGUUUAAUCUCACGUCUAUUCUUAUCCAAUAUUUCAAUACUUGAAUUCAAUGUCUAUUACUACAUAAACGAAGACACGAAUUUUGCCACUAGGUAUGAAUUUGAUAAUUGGUCGAGUUGUUUGAAUGAUUUCGUAUUAGGUGAAGAGCAGAGCAUAUAUAUAGACUUGCAUCAGAAAUAA